ACGUAUUAACGAACUUGUCAGGUGAGAAGCUUGAAGGAAGGAAGAUCGAACUGUUUUUAGUAUUAUAUUUCCUGUCGGAUAUCAUUAAAAAUGGCACAGACUUUUGUAGAUGCUCAGAUACGUGACAAUAAGGUGGUGAUGUUUUCCAAAACUUUUUGCCCUUACUGCAAGAUGGCAAAGGAUUCUCUAGCUAGCGCUGGUCUUAAGGAUUACAAGGUGGUUGAGUUGGAAAAUCAUAACAUGUGUGCUGAAAUUCAGGAUUAUCUGAACAAGUUGACUGGAGCUAGAUCGGUUCCCCGUGUGUUCAUUGGAGGGAAGUGCAUCGGUGGCGGCUCUGAAACCAAAGCGUUGCAGGAAAGCGGGAAAUUAACCACCAUGCUCCAACAGAAUGGUGCAAUGUAAUGUGCAACUAAUCUUCCAAAGCAAUGUUCUCUUCUGGUGUGUAAUUUUGUGCAGCAUUACCAAUGAUGUUAGGAUUUCAUAGAGCUAGAUUAUUUCAGUUUCUCUUUGCUUCUUACCCACAUCACGCCAGUGCUUUUACAUAAUUAUGUAGGAUUAACUUUUGCCAAAUUGAAUGAUAAUCAGUGUACAAAUAAUCCUUGUUUGCGAGUGCAUUAGUGAAUAUGCACAGCUCGCAGGUUAGGUCACAAUCGGAUAACAAAAGAGACUGGUCGAGUCCAUUAUCCAGCUCAUUGUGACUUAACCAAUUAUGUCUGUUUAGAGCCAGAAUGGCAUUAACUCAUAUUGUUUUACACACAGUUCACGCCCUUCUUGCUCCAAACAGACAAUGGGAACCAUAAGUUUUAAUGGCUAAAGCCCAAUCAAAUACAAUCCUUCAAGACCUGCAUUAUUUUUGACCCCCCCCCCCCU